UGACUGCAAGGGUUAAUCUGUCUCCUCCUUCAUGCUGCAGAUGAGUGACGUACAGGCAGGGGGCGCCACCGUCUUCACUGAUGUUGGAGCUUCCGUCCGGCCCAAAAAGGGGACGGCGGUGUUCUGGUACAACCUGCACCCCAGUGGAGAAGGAGACUACCGGACCCGACACGCUGCCUGUCCCGUUCUGGUCGGCAACAAGUGGGUGUCCAAUAAAUGGAUCCAUGAGCGAGGGCAGGAGUUCAGGAGGCGCUGUGGCCUCCAGGAGACGGAUUGACAGCAGACCUCCUCCUCCUCCUCCUCCUCCUCCUGCCUUCCAGUCUGUGGCUGCUGUGAUCUUUAUUUUUAUCUGAAGACUGAGUGUGUGCGUGUUUCACCUGUAACUCCUUUUUUUAAAACAAAUUUCUGAUGCCAAUAUUCAAUAACUAUUCAAAUAUUGAUUCUUCACACUGUUAAUGCAGAAUUAAUGUGUUGAUUAAAAACAGAAUUGAAACCAUAAUUGAAUAAAUAACUUAAUUGAAACUUCACUAUUUUAUUUAGACGUUAAUAAAUAUGUUAUUAAAUUGACAUGUAGCAUUUAUAAGCAAUAUAUAAAAUAAUAAAACUCUAUAAACAUA